AUGUCUACCCUAUCCUCCCCGCCUUCGAAUUUACCCGGCUUAGACAGCCAAUUCCGUGAUGCCGACGCCGACAUACGUUUACGUUCCAGCGAUGGCAUUGACUUUGCCGUAUCCAGAUCUAUCCUGCGCCUAGUUUCACCUGUUUUCAUUGACAUGCUAUCCUUCCCCCAGUCGCCAUUGUCGACCGAUUCCACGUCAACCCCAGCGCUCGUUUGCAUGACGGAAGACAGCAUCUCCCUUCGACUUCUGCUGCAGUUCUGCUACCCGCGGUCAUUCUGUCAAGAGCCGCGCUUGAUUGCCAUCAUGGACAUCAAACGCACCGCUGAACUCGCUCGGAAAUUUGAAAUACCUUUCAUGCGCAAAGCAUCCGAGGAUGCGCUCCUCAACUAUGCGAACGUGAUGCCCGCUGUUGCUUAUGCUGUUGCUUGGAGGUACGGCUACGUCGGGAGCUUGAAGUCGAUCGCGAAGAAAUCAUUGGGGCGUAGGGACAUUUUUGACGGCACCGAUCUUAUAACGGAGCUCGAUGAUGUACCAGCAUCCUGCUUGAUUCCCCUCAUUCGCUAUCGCAGCUCCGUACCCGAUUCUCUCCAGGACAUAAUUCGUGGAUGUCAAUUGACCCCCAUCUGGUGGAUCAGCGCCAAUUCCAUCAAUCCGAUCGCCGUCCCUGAAGAAGACGUCGGGGCACGUCUUUCGUGCUGCUGUGGGAAGCAAACUCUCUGGUUCCAGAGCUGUGUUCACGAGCCUGGGCCACACACACCCCAACCGCGACUAGUCUGUGGCUGGUGGUGGACCUACGUUCGCACAGUGGUCUGGACGCUGCAAAGCUUGAUCACCUUGGACGUCGAAGAUGCCAUUCAAGACAACAUGAUGGAUGCGAUCAAGGGCGCGGCCCUCUGCUCACGAUGCACGGCAUCGGAAGUCUCGACCGUAUUAAAGAACACCACCGAUAGGCUCCGCUCUGUCAUUGAGUUACGGCUGCGGGAGAUUCCGUUUGCCGCCAUGGACAAUGCAAUGCACUCUUGA